UUAACUUCAAUUAACCAAGAGCUAUCUUGAUUCUCCUGCUGAUUGGCCCCGUAAUUGGAAAGUUUUUAUAAAUCCUAUGAAGGGCAAAGCGCUUUUGAUUACUAAAAAGAGCAUUCCUUUGUUGGCACCCUUUUAACCUUUGAUGGCGCAAAGAUUCCAUGGUGUUCUUAAGCGAAAUACUUCGGAGUCAUUAUAGACAACAAACUUUUCUGGCAGCCGCACGUGGACUAUCAAUGGCGAAGGUUAAGGCAGCAACUAAGACGCUUCACCCUUCAUUAUGCGCUAAUAAUGAUAUAUGCGUCUGCUUCUUGAACCUACGACUCCACUGCAAUAGCGUCGCCACUUCAAGUGCGACAGAACGAAUUUCCGCCGACAGGCUAGUCAGGCACAGUAGUCGCCUACUGAUGAGCGAACUUAUUUACGAGCCCUGGGGGAAGAAAAUAAUGACACCUUUUUGGUUGAAAACUGUUGGACUUCCCACCACGCCCAAAAGUGGACUCCCACCUCGAGGGGGCAGAAAAUUAUUUAUUAAGGUGUCAAGUCCUAACAAAAACCACUAUGUCAAUAAGUCUGCGAUUACUAUUUCUUGAGAGCUCGAGUAUUCGAAGUUUUUUAACUCGAUCCAGC